CACCGCCUUGAAUCCCAUUCAAUUCAAUCAUGGACAGAAACCAGACACGCGGCAACGGAAACAGUCGAGGACGCGGUGGUGGUCGUGGAGGCUAUGGCGGUACCCAGGACAGACCAAAGAAGGAGGCCAUUCUGGAUUUGGCCAAGUAUAAGGAUAAGCAGAUUCGUGUCAAGUUUGCUGGUGGACGUGAAGUCGUUGGUACGCUCAAAGGACAUGACCAAUUGAUGAACCUUGUUUUAGAUGACGUGCAAGAGUAUCUUCGAGAUCCCGAAGACGGCCAGGUGACAGAGCAAACCAGGCAACUCGGACUCAUCGUCGUUCGCGGUGUUAACCUCGUUCUCAUCUCCCCUAUCGACGGUUCAGAAGAGAUUCCUAAUCCUUUUGCGCCUCCGCCGGAUAUGUAAGAGGGAUUGAUGUGAUUAUGUACGCGCAGAUAGAAAAAGGAAAG